AUGGUACUACAAAGUGUGGUUGUGAUCAAAGAUAGUUGUAGAGAAAUCAAUUCAAAAGUUUUUCAUUGGGCUCCUAAUGGAUUAUCACUAAUGGCUGGAGAUAACCUCACUCUUGUUGUAGUUCUUCACCAGGUUAUCACUCCUUUGGGAUGCAAAAUCAAUGUGGAUAGUAGGUUAGCAUUUGGUGCAAAUCACAAGAUUAUUGAGGCAGAAGUUGCAAGGAAGAAAAAUGAGUAUAUGAAAAAUGAAGAGCUUGCUCAUAUUUUUGAACUUUAUAAAUCAAUGAAGGUUGGAUUUCAUAUAGAAAUAGCUAUGGGAUCUUCACCUAAGACUGUUGCAUUAAAAUCAGCCACAAAGCUAAAGGCUACUUGGUUGAUACUAGACAGGAAAAUGAAGAAUGAUGAAGACUACUUUCUUAAAAAGCUUUCUUGUGGAAUAUCAAGAAUACGAAGUUCUAAUAGAAUUGUACGUAUAAGAGGACCGACAGAUACACCUCGUCAGAAAAGAUCAUAUAAAAGUUCUGAAACAUUCGGUGAUAGUUUACCAACAUAUGAUAUUUCAAUUGAUUCCGAGUUUUUCACCCUUGAAAAUUUCUCCAAUAGUAAGUCCUUAAAUGGUAUGUAUCAUGAUCAAGAACAAAGACAAAAGAAGUCAUUUGAAAACAAGAUACAAAAUGAGGAUGAAAGGGUCAUAAAAGAGAAGGAAGAGUUUCGAGGGAACAAAAACAAAAUACAAGAGCUUGAAAACUUAAGCUUAAAUGUGUAUCAUAAAAGUGAAAGAUAUUUGUAUUCAGGUGGAGCAAGAAACUUUUUUCUUGGAGGGGCUGAAAAAUACACAAUAUCUGAGCAUUUUUUCAAGUUUGAUUAA